AUGGCAGCUAGCCUUCUUGUCUUCUUCCUGACUUUGAAAAUGUUUAAGCUUUGGUUGACUCUAAACUUACCCAUCUCCCUCCAAAAUUGGAACACCUCCACAAAGUCUUCAUGCCCCACAUCAUCAAUGAGUCUGAUAAAGUCACUAACAGAGGCUGAGCUGAGAAUCAGGGAGAUUAUGGAGAAACUGGACCAGCAGAUCCCACUCAGAUCUUUCACCCAUGUGAAUACCACCACUAGUGCAGCCCACAGCAUAACCACCAUCCUUAACCCUCAAGUUACAUACUGCAGGGGGGACCGGCUGGACAUCCUUCUGGAGGUGAGGGACCACCUAGGACGCAGGAAGGAAUAUGGUGGGGACUUCCUGAGGGCCAGGAUGUCCUCCCCAUCCCUUAAGGCUGGUGCAUCAGGAAAGGUGACAGACUUCAACAAUGGCACCUACCUUGUCAGCUUCACUCUGUUCUGGGAGGGCCAGGUCUCCCUGUCUGUCCUGCUCAUCCAUCCCAGUGAAGGGGCAUCAGCUCUCUGGAGGGCAAGGAAAGAUGUCCAUGAUAUAAUUAUUUUCAAAGGUAAAUUUGUUAAUGGCACUUCCCAAGUCCUUUCUGAAUGUAGUCUGACCCUACACUCAAGUGCUGAACUAUGCAAAUACCUGUUCGGUGGAGAACAUGAAGUCUUCUACUGUGUAAAGCCUCAACACAUGCCCUGUGAGGCCCUAACCCAUGUGUCUACGAGGAACCAAAAAACAUCCUAUCUUACUGCCAAGGAAAAAAGCCUUUUCCAUAUGUCCAAAGUGGGAGUUGAAAUAAUGAAAGACUUGAAACAUAUUGAAGUUUUCCAAUGUAACAAAAAUGAAAAUGUAAAAGAGAAAUGUCGAAUUGGAAUGAAGAUUCCUUUCCCUGGUGGUUACAUGCUACAAGAAAGGUGGAUCACAACAUUUUGCAACCAGAGUCAGUUAGAUACAAUGAAGAUAAAUGGCUGUCUGAAAGGAAAACUCAUUUACCUCCUGGGAGACUCUACACUGCGUCAAUGGAUCGAGUACUUACCCAAUGUUGUAAAAACAUUGAGAUUUUUUGACCUUCAUGGAACUGGAAGUUUUCCAAAACGUCUGCUUCUGGAUGCUCAAAGACAUACUCAGAUUCAAUGGAAAAAACAUAGCUACCCCUUUAUCACAAUUCAUCUCUAUUCUGUGACAGAUGAUGGUUAUAUCCCUCUGGAGAUUGACCGGGUACUAGGAGACCAAAACACAGUCAUCGUCAUUACCUUUGGCCAUCACUUCAGACCUUUCCCCAUUGAUAUUUUCAUUCGUAGGGCUAUCAGUAUCCGAAAGGCUAUUGAACGACUAUUUCUAAGAAGCCCAGCCACUAAAGUGAUCAUUAAAACAGAAAAUAUCAGGGAAAUGCCCAUAGAAAGUGAGUGGUUUGAUGACUUCCAUGGACACAUUCAAUAUCUUACCAUGAAGGACAUUUUCAAAGAUCUCAAUGUGGGUAUCAUUGAUGCUUGGGACAUGACCAUUGCAUACAAUGCCUAUUUUCUCCACCCACCAGAUGUUGUGAUUAAAAAUCAGAUUGACAUGUUUUUAAACUACAUUUGCUAAAGCAUAAUUAUACAAAUCACUAUAAACCAAUCUCCACAAACAA